AUGUCACCCACCGGCACCACCGCGACCGGCAGAGCCGACCGCCCGCGCCUCACCGAGUUGCAGAGGAAGAAGAACCAUACCGACUCGGAGCAGCGUCGCCGCGAGGUCAUCCGCGCCGCCUAUGAUCGGCUCGCCGAAAUCGUGCCCGGCAUGGCGGGCCAUGGCCGCAGCGAGGCGGCUGUCCUGGCCGCCGCCGUGACGGAGAUACGCAGGCAGAUUCUGCGAAGGGUGGAGAUUAUCGAGGCCAUGAAGGAGGCUGGCGAAGAUACGGGCCAUCUGGAGUUGCCAAAGGAUGUGGUCGAGGCGGCGCUGGCGAUGGAGGAGGAGGAUCCCCUUACGCCGCAGGAGGGCGGUGCGAAGUAG